AUGAAUACUCUUGCUCUCAAAUUCUCAACAACAUCGAAAGGAAAACAAUUAUUAAUAUACGAUGGUUAUAUGUAUAAUUUGAACAAAGAUCGAGGUUGUGUCAAGUAUUGGCGAUGCCAAGAACGAUCAUGUUCUGCCAUCAUUCAUACCGACAAAAAUGAUCAUCUGAAGACUCGUAGUGGCAAUCAUAAUCAUGUACCAACACCAGAACGCAUCGAAUUAAUUCAAUUCAAAUAUGAAGUAAAGCGUCGUGUUCUCGAAGAAUCUACACCUAUUGCUCGUAUAUAUGAUCAAGAACUAGCAGCUGCACAACUAACUCUUCCAGCUCUAUCAAUUGCACCUACGUCGAGAGAAGCUCAAUCAUCUUUCCAACGCCUACGUCGAAAAACAACACCACCUCUUCCAGUAUCAGGUGAUUUUGAAAUACCAGAUCGAUACAGUCAAACUUUAGAUGGCAAUAAUUUCCUUCUUUCUGAUACUACUGUUCGAAACAAACGUGUACUUGCAUUUGCUACCGGUCUUCAACUGGCCAUUUUUUUUCAAUCAUCGCACAUUUUUAUGGAUGGAACUUUCACCGUUUGUCCUCCAUACUUCGAUCUGGUUUUUACUAUGCAUUGUAUUCACCAUGAUCAAGCAAUACCAUGCAUCAUUGCUUUACUACCUGGUCGAUCAGCGAUGAUUUAUCAAUAUAUCUUUGAUUUACUCGAUAAUGAAGCUAAAGAACUUGAGCUUACAUUUGGACCUGAUACGAUAACAAGUGAUUUUGAGCCAGGCUUAAUUAAAGCUAUCAAACGUCAAUUUCAUAAUUCGCGUCAUUUGGGGUGUUACUUUCAUCACACUCAAAGCGUUUACAAGAAGAUACAAUCACUUGGUCUCUCAUCUCAAUACAAAAAUGAUGAAGAAGUUCGAUCUCAUGCCAGAAAAUUGAUGGCAGUUCCUCUACUACCACUUGAAAAAAUGAAUUUAGCAUUUGAAUAUCUCGUUGAUAAUCAUCCAGCCUGUCUUGAUCCAUUAUUUAAUUAUUACGAAUCAUUUUGGAUGGAGUCAUUACCACUCAAAUUAUGGAAUGUUUCAAAUAUCAAAAUAAAAACCAACAACAUAGUCGAAGGUUGGCACAAUCGUUUUGCCAAUCGUAUUGAAAAAAAAUACCCCAACAUUUGGCACUUUAUUAAAGUUCUUCAACAAGAAGAAGUUUAUGUUAAACAAACUGUUCAACAUGAAUCUCAAAUAAUUCAAAGAUAUUGUUACAAUUUGAUAAAUGACGCUAAACAACAAUUUGAUCUUGUUAUUGGACAUAAUCAUCAAAUUGAACAAUGUACUUUACAUAGUCGUCAUUUAAUUGAACGAUUUCAUGGUUAUUUACAAGGUAUUAUGCAACCAAAUACAACUACACCAAUGUCAAUAAAAAAAUUAUAUAGAAAAAUGCUUGAUAUGAGUUUUAAUUCUUCCAACAGCUAUCCAAUGAUAACUUGUAUUGUUGAUGAUGUAUUUAAAUGUAUGAAAAUCGAUUGGAAUAAAUUAUCUAAUGAUGAAAAAAUGAUUAAAUCAAAUGAAUUAAUAGAAGAAUUAGACAGUCUUUAUUCAUUAUUGUCUGAAUCAAUUCAUCGAAUGCAAAAAUCUCGACAUCAUCAAGAAUUUAAUCGAAAAGUUUAUGUUGAAACAAUUCUUAAUAUUCAUAUAAAAUUUUUCAAACUUCUACAAGAAUCUUUUAAUAGUGAACAAGAUUUCACAGUUAUUCUUGAUAAAGUAAUUAAGAAUAUUUUUUUUUUCUUAAUUUCAUUUUCUUAUAUAUGUAUAUAUAUAUUUUAGAUUUGUCAUAAAUUUAUUAACAAUAAUAUAGUAAUAAAAGGAGCUGAUAACACAACAAAAUCGUUUGAAUUAUUAGUAUAUUAUUGAAUUGUACUCUUAUGAAAAGAAUUUAUCAAAAUUUGAUAUUCAUUAUUGAAAUCUAAUUAAUUCAUUAUUUUAGAAGUAAAUCUGUUGAAGAAAUAGAUUUCGAAAAGAUAUUCAAUCAAAUUAUGAUCUUAAGUUUUUAUUUAAUCAUCUUUUGAUUAAUUCUAUGAUAAAAUGUUAGUUUAAAUAUUUAGUUAAAUAAUUAAAUGCAUUAGAUGAUUAUAAAGAAUCAAUGAUUUUAAAGGUUAGAAGUAAAUAUUAUACAAUUUUUAAUCAUAAUAAAUUUAUUCUUAUAUUCUAUUUUAGUAAGUAUAUGAUUUUGAAUAUACAUCAAAAUUACAAUGAAUAUUUGAAAAAUAGUGAUAUUAGUAAAAAGGAAGUCCCCCAUUUCCCCCCCCCCCCGCUAGUCUUUUUUUCUUUUAAAUAUUUUUUAAUUGGGACUCAGGUGAGGAUAUU